AAUAUACCAAAAGAAAAUAAAAUGGAUCAAUCAACUAACCAAUCAGCACUUUCUCCUUUUCUGUUACCCCGAAAAUUUGAUUCUAAAAUACCAAUAUUCAGACAGAGAGCUGCCACAUCAAAAGACAAUGUAAUAGAUCGAUCAAGUAAUACUUAAUUUUUAACUUAAGUGUAAUAUCCAAGGGAUUUGGUAAAUAUUAGAGAUAUCUAGAAUUAACUGUAAUAAUGAUAUUAGUUAUUGUUUAUUUAUAGUAUAAUGUUGUAUAUAGUAUAUGGGGUCUGAUUUACAUAUAUACUGCAAAAAUUUAAUGACGUUUCUAAAUAAGUUUUGAUUUACAACGCCCAAUGUAAUUGUAUAAUUAUUUAUAUUGUAGUGAAACUCUCAGCAUUAAAUAGAAAGUUUCAAGCAAACAUGAUACUGAGUGAGCCAACUGCUCCUCAAGAAAAUGAAAUCGAUAAUGGGAAGUUUCAGAGAAAAGUUUUUUAUCAGUUAUCAAAUAUGGCUAACGAAAUUAAAGAUUUACGAAUAGCAGUGGAAAUGAUGGCCGUACCAAGUUUAGAGACUGUUGCUGAGGUCCAUCUAGAAGUUAUAGCUGGAGCUAUUGGGACCUUGAAUGGAUACAGAAAAUUAGAGGAGCAAUGUGGAGUUUUUGCUAAUCGAACAACUUCACUUCGCCUUCUUUCACGAAUCGGAGGGUCAUCCAUUAAAGAUACUUCUAAGAAUCUAUUGAAAAGACUUUUUACAAAUUUUGUUAUGUCUCAUUUGAGUAUGGAUGGUAAAGGUUCUCUUAAAAAGCUUCCGUUUAGAGACUCUGCUCUGUGUCAACUUGUUGUUGAGUGUGUAUUGAAACGAUAUUCUACGUCUUCUUUGUCCGAAAUACAUUCGUGCAUUUGUUCUCAUCUUAGAAUGGCUCCGUUUCGUUUAGGUGGCACUGGAAAGGUGGCGUCCAUUUUUCCAAUUCUCAAGAUGGAGAGGCUGGCUUAAACGAUUCAAGCAAAGAUGAUGCUUAUUGUCAUGGAAGCGAUCAUGAUAAUGAUAAAUACGAUAAUUCAUAUUAUAAUAAUUAAAAUUAGUGUAAAUAUGUUUAAGACUUGCAUUUAUGAAAAAAAAUAUCUGUAUGUUUGA